UUGUGCUUACGACGUACUUUCCCUCUCCCACAAUACCUUGCCCCUUCCUUUUCACCUUCGGUCCCGACAGGAUGGCUCCCGCAAAGAAGGGUGGCGAGAAGAAGAAGGGCCGCUCCGCCAUCAACGAGGUCGUUACAAGAGAAUACACCAUCAACAUUCACAAGCGCAUCCAUGGAAUUGGCUUCAAAAAGCGUGCCCCUAGAGCACUAAAAGAGAUCCGGAAAUUUGCAAUGAAGGAAAUGGGCACUCCAGAUGUACGCAUUGACACCAGGCUCAACAAAGCGGUCUGGGCCAAGGGAAUAAGGAAUGUCCCCUAUCGUAUCCGUGUACGGUUGUCCAGGAAACGCAACGAGGAUGAAGAUUCGCCAAACAAGCUGUAUACUUUGGUUACCUAUGUGCCUGUCACAACUUUCAAAAAUCUACAAACAGUCAAUGUGGAUGAGAACUAAUCACUGAUUAACAAAUAAAGUUGUAAGUCACCUUU